AUGCAGAGACAGGUUCGAAAGCAUGCGGCGAAGCUCUUGAACCGGUCCGACAAGGACUCCCCCUUUAAGGAACCGUCAGUCCCAGAGGUUGUUGCUUUUGAACGACGCAAGGAGGGCGGACCUACAGCAAAAAACUUUCGUCUCCAGCUUCAGAAGGCAAAUGCCUCCCAGUGGAAUAAGCAAGCAAUACGCGUCUUUACAAAGGACUUCAGGGGUUGUAGCUGGCAUGCGAACGCCGGUUAUGGAAAAGUCAAGCGAACAUUCGAGGUUCACAUGCAAGCUCUUCGAGAGCAGUACAAGGUCAUCAAGCGAAAGAGCUACGACCGGCUUCAAGUGCCCUCCGAAUCUCAGGCAGUGGAGGAACAGGCCCACCGUGAUGCCAUCACAGAGGCUAACCGCGGGCAACGACGUCGUUCGCUUUGUGGACGACGGGGAGACGCCUGUGACGAUCACCCAGAUCUAAAGGAGUUUAAACCACUCUUCAACCAGCUACCUCCCGAAGCAAUGAGUGACGAUGAGACCGAUGAGGAGGAAGAUGACGGACGACCCCGCUACAUAAUUCGGGUACCCGCCUGGAGAUCAAAGCAGGCAACCGCAUGGCUCAGGGUUUUUGAUCGCAUCCAUCUAAGCGGAAGGUUCUGGCCAAACGGAAAACCAAAGCGUGGGCGAUUCCCUCAUCAUCGAGUACCUUCUCAGCGAGUGGAGUCACCAGGAAAGCCUGUGCGUUGCUUGCCCGUGAAUUUCUACGAUGCAGGGUGGUUGGAGGGCUUGUCAAGCCCCGAGCGUGAUUACCUCAAAUGUGGACCGCCUGCAAAGUUGUCCCAUACUACUCGAGUCGUUCAGUAA